CUUCUGCGUUUCUUACUUUCUUUAAUCGCAUUUUUUAAAGAAAUUCAAUAACUCUUACCACCACUGUUAUCAGUUUUCCCUUGCCUUCCCGUUUCUGUGACUGAAACAUGUCUAGAUCAUCGUCGGCGGCGUCCACGUCGGCGCCGUAUCCGACUGUCAAGCACGAGGAUUACAGGCACAGUCCGGUUCAUUAUGCUGUUGUUUCGGGAGAUCACAGGAGACUCAGUCGGCUUGUCUCUGCUCUCCCUAAAAUGGCCGAUCCGGAUAAGAUCCAUACGGAGUCUGACUCGCUGAGUCAGGAGCGAGUUGCUGAUCAGAUCUCUGCUGUGCUUGACCGGCGGGAUGUUCCCUUCCGCGAGACGCCUCUCCACCUCGCUGUGCGCCUCAACGACGCUGUCGCUGCCAAGACGCUUGCCUCCGCGGGGGCUGAUGUGUCCCUGCAGAACGCGGCCGGGUGGAAUCCGCUCCAGGAGGCUCUUUGUAGACAGAGCUCCGAAAUUGCGCUGGUCCUUCUCAAGCUUCAUCACCGCUCUGCCUGGUGCAAGUGGCGCCGCCGCCUGCCACGUGUCAUUUCUGUGCUGCGCAGAAUGCGGGAUUUUUACAUGGAGAUUUCGUUUCACUUUGAGAGCUCCGUGAUUCCGUUCGUCGGAAAAAUUGCGCCGUCUGAUACCUACAAGAUCUGGAAACGCGACGGCAAUCUCCGCGCGGACACAUCAUUAGCCGGCUUCGAUGGGUUAAAAAUCCAACGCGCCGAUCAGAGCUUUCUCUUCCUCGGUGACGGUGAUCAGGUUCACAACAUUUCUCCGGGCUCCUUGUUAGUCAUUAAUCGUGACGAUUGCAAAAUCUUCGACGCAUUUGAAAAUGCGGGAGGUCCGAUGAGCGAGUCAGACAUUGCCGGAUUCUGCUCUCAAACCAGCGUCUACCGUCCAGGAAUGGAUGUCACCAGAGCAGAGCUCGUCGGAAGAACCAACUGGAGGCGCCAAGAGAAAACAGAGAGCGUCGGAGAGUGGAAAGCCAGGGUUUACGAAAUUCAUAACGUGACAUUCAGUUUCAGAUCACGUAAAGUCGCCACCAGGGACAACGACGUCGCCGGAAGCGAACAGGUACUGCCUCUGGAGCUCGACGAAGACGACGACGGUUUUUUAGUUUGCGAAAAUCCGAAUUUCACGGUUCCUGACAGGCGGCACAGUAGCUUCGUGAGGGAGGAGAGAGAAUGGAUUUCGGUUGGGAGGAAGAGUGUGGAUGUUUAUCCGUCAUCGGCAAUGGCGCCUCCUAGAAGAUCGGCCUCCUUCACUCCUAUUAAGCCACUGCCUCCUCCGCCGCAAACCAAGGAAAAAGAGUACAUCCGUAGUUUGCGGCCAUGUGUCUGGCUAACGGAGCAUUUUCCGUUGAAGACGGAGGAACUACUUCCGCUGCUCGACAUCUUAGCCAGCAAAGUGAAGGCAGUAAGAAGGAUGCGAGAAUUGCUCACCACAAAGUUCCCGCCGGGAACAUUUCCGGUCAAGGUGGCAAUCCCGGUGGUCCCUACAGUGAGGGUGGUUAUAACGUUCACGAAGUUCGAGGAACUUCAACCGACGGAGCAAUUCUACACACCACUUUCAAGCCCGAGAUUUUUUGCCACCAAUGGAGGGAAGGAGGACCAAAGUUCCGAUUCCCAUUAUUCCUCGGUACCGUGGCAGUCGUCGUCGUCGUCUUCAUCGUCGUCAUCGGGUGCGUGGCUGAGGCGUAGUAACAGCCGUUCGGCAUCUGCAAGCAAGCAGCAGCGAAGCUCUUGUGCGAUGGAACAACCUGAUCCUUUUGCCAUACCCAGUGGAUAUACCUGGACUAGCGUCGACGAUAAAUCCAAUAAGAUUAAGAAAUCAAAAUCCAUGAGGAAAUCUAAGUGAAGGAAGAAGAAAAAGACCAUGUUAUUCCGCUCUCCUUUUUAUCUAAUUGCUUCACACGGUGUAGAUAAACAUAUCUUAAUUUCAAUCAUGGAAUCAAAAUAUGUUCCUUGCAAUUUUGUAGUUGAGAGGAUAUUACAAUUUUUGGGAGAGAGAAUUCAGAACAACUUCCAUGGAUCUUCCUCGUAACAUUGUCAAGGUAAUUAAUUGUCAAUGCCCAUUUGGGAAAUAGCUGUGUAUGGAAAUUCAUGUCAUAAUAUGUUUAGGUUGUGUAGUUUGACAUUUAUGAGCAAAGAGAAACAGAACCAGUUAUUUGGCCAUGGCUGAAUCAAAUUCUGUCCCUGUC